AACCGGUUUAAGUUACCUAAAGGCUUUUUCCACCCUAACGGAACCGUUGACGGCCCAUCUUUUUUUCUCACUCAAGUGCUCUCCUUCCGUUUUCUUGUCUAUCACCGCUAAAUAACGCCGUCUCUGGUGCUGCCGCUGCCUAGCGCCGUGAACGUAACCCUAACGGCAUGGCUUCCUGUGACGACGACUUCUCUCUCCUAGGAGAGGAUCAAUCAAACCCUAACCAACAUCACCACCACCACCACCAGGUUCUUCACCACGCGCCGUACGCUCCCAGACGAUUCGCCCCGAAGCUCUCGAACCAGAUCCACGUGCCUCACCACCAGAGCAACGGCGACGAGGACGAAGACCACCACCACGACGUCGUCGCCUCCUCCGCUUUUCACAGCGUGAAUCCCUUCUCCACGGACGAGAGUUCGAAUCCGUAUGAUAACAACAACAACAACAACGCGGCCGUCGACGGAGACGAGGAUCUGGACGCGAACAGAUCCAGGAUCGGAGGCGUUCGCCUGGAGAAGAGGCAGAGUCAGGAGGAGCUCAGCGACGGAGGAACGACGAACGGCGGCGAGACGACUCCGUACGGUAGCUUCAAGAGGCCGAGGACGUCGUCUUCCUCCGCGGCCGGGGAGUACAGGAAGGACAGGGAGGAGUGGAGCGACGCGGCGAUCACGUGUUUGCUGGAUGCGUACUCUGACAAGUUCACUCAGCUCAACAGAGGGAAUCUCCGGGGAAGAGAUUGGGAAGACGUCGCCGCGACGGUGAGUGAGAGGUGCGAGAAGCUGAUCAAGAGUGUGGAACAGUGUAAGAACAAGAUCGAUAAUCUUAAGAAGAGGUAUAAGCUAGAGAGGCAUAGGAUGAGUAGUGGUGGAACAUCGGCUAGCCAUUGGCCUUGGUUCAAGAAGAUGGAAGAGAUUGUUGGUAACUCAAUGACCACGAAAGGCGCGUCUGACGAAGAUAGAAGCGGCAGCUCGCUGGGGAAUGCAGCCAAGCCAGCGAGGAGGUAUCCCUUGGUGACAUAUAGCCCUGGAGUUCAGAUAAAUAACGUCAAGUCCAAGGCUACAUCAAACCCUAGAUGGCGAAGAGUGGUUUUGAAAAUCAGUGGUGCUGCACUUGCCUGCACGGGUCCUAAUAACAUUGAUCCGAAGAUCGUCGGUCUGAUUGCUAGAGAAGUUGCAAUGGCUUGUCGUCUUGGUGUAGAGGUAGCAAUAGUUGUUGGGAGUCGGAACUUAUUUUGCGGUGGUACAUGGAUUACCGCUACUGGUUUGGAUAGAACCACUGCAUAUCAUAUCAGUAUGAUGGCGUCUGUGAUGAAUUCUGUUUUACUUCAGUCAUCUCUGGAGAAAAUGGGAGUUCAGGCACGGUUACAAACUGGAAUCGCGGUUCAGGGGGUCGGGGAGCCUUACAAUCGUCAGCGAGCCACCCGGCAUCUAGAUAAAGGCAGAGUGGUAAUAUUUGGUGGCAUUGGUGCAACGCUUGGAAACCCACUUUUAUCAUCCGAUGCAGCUGCAGCCCUUCGAGCUAUAGAAAUUAAUGCAGAGGCAAUGGUGAAAGGAACAAACGUGGAGGGUGUUUAUGAUUGUCAUUCACAAGAUAGUAACGCCACGUUCGAGCACAUAACAUUCCACGAUUUGGCUUCUAGAGGUCUUACAACAAUGGACACAAUGGCCCUUAACUUUUGUGAAGAGAACAGCAUUCCAGUUGUGGUGUUCAACUUUCUUGAAGCUGGAAACAUCACAAAGGCAUUGUGCGGAGAACAAGUCGGUACUUUGAUCGACAGGACUGGGAGGGGUGUGAGUUAGUAUGAUGAGCUUUCAUUUAUAACGCUUUUUUCUCUGUAACUUUUAUUUGCUCCUUUUUAUCUUAUAGUAAUUAUAUUCCAUAGAUGAAGAUGACAAAAAAAAAGAGAGGAAAAUGUUUUCACUCUCUUCAUGGAGCUGCUCUCCAUUCACCAGACUUCUUUUACAUUUGUUUUCAUUGUUUAUGACAUCUGAGUUGAGUUAAGUUAACAUGCCGUUGUA